AAAUGAAAUAAAGCUGUUUAAAUAAGUCUGGGUUGAAAUUUUGAUCUAGCUUUAGUCAAAGAAAAAGCAUAGGAUUCUCAAAAACUAAGACUCCUAAUAACCCAAUAUUCCUUCUCAUCUAAUCUAAUCAACUUUUGUUUCCUCUUUCCUAAAAAAUAUUUGAAUAUUCUGGACUAGUACACGUCUUGUGAUCAACCGGCAACAUCCCGUAACCAUCCUCGGAGAACUUGACAUUUCCAACUCCACCAACAUCUACUUUUGAAAAUCACCUUUUGUUUUCCUGUUUUUAGUUUUUAGUGCUUUACUCUGUUAAUAAACAAUUAAAAACCUUUCCAAGUUUUAAAUUUUAAACCCACAAAAAUUAUUAAAAAGGGCAUUUUUUUUUUCAAAGGAUAAAAUUAAAUUGAAUAACAUGCGCUUGCUGAGAUGGUCACCAGCUCCGGUUUGAAGAUAAAAAGUUUGGCGAAAUCUUCAAAGAUAUGAGAUUCCUGGUAGACAUCUAAUUGGGCUCGUUUUGGUUUUAGUUGAGGUACAUUCCCACAUAGCUAUGUCUCACCUUCAAGUGUUUGUCAAGGUCAGGGUGUAGUUUCCCCCUGUCUUCUGGCUUUCAAUUUCAAAGGAUCGUUUGCUUGCUCAAAGUCGAGGCUAUGCUUUGAUCAAAAGUGUCAAACUUUAGUUGGAUUUUGUUUUCAUUUGAAGUGAAAGAUUAAUUCAUGUAGGCAAGGACUGAAGUAGUUUAGCAGUAAUAUAGGUACCUUAAGGUUUCAGAGGCACUGAAGAUUUCUUUGAAUGGAUCACUCAUAUUUAAAAGAAACAAGUAUUGAAGUAGAUCUUGAAAGUGGUGGAACAAUCAGUGAAGAUGAAAGAACCAAAGGUCAUGGUUCAUCAAAUUUGCAAACAAAUAAAAAUUUUAGUAGAGUUUGGAGUAAUCUUUUGAGAUUUGACAGCGUUGGCAAGGGCAAAUAUGGCGUAAACUCUUGUAGUAGUUCCUCAAGGUUUGGCUCAGUUGAGGGUGAGAAUAUGGAAUUCUGGGUGGACAAGAGUUCAGAAGGGGAAGAUAAUCAUGAUCUCAUGGCGCUUGUGGAGAAGAACUUUGCAGAGGAUAAUUGUAAGAAGAAAAACUCUAGGAAGCCUCCCAAGCCUCCACGGCCACCGAAAGCUCCUUUGUUGGAUGCUGCUGACCAGCAGUUGGUGAGGGAGAUAGCUGAACUUUCCAUGAGAAAACGUGCUAGGAUUAAACGAAUUAAAGCAAUGAAGAAGAUGAAGGCUGCAAAUGCUGCGCCAUCAUCAAGCAGUAGCCUUUUUGCUAUGGUCAUCACAGUUAUCCUUUGCCUUGUCAUACUCUUUCAAGGUAUAUGUUAUAGACGCGGCACAACUGUGAUGUUACAGGGAUCUCCUGCACCAGCGGUUGGUGAAGGCUUGAUUUCUGUUCAAUUUUACAAAACCUUUCCUACAACUGAAAAACAUGACCAUGAUCCUCCUAGCCUGUUAGAGCAGCAGGGUUCCAGUUCAGUUCUUGGAGGAGAAACUAGGAAAGUUGACUGAUGAUGCGAAGAAAAUGGGUGAAGAUGCCAGUCAUUGUGGUAUUUUGCAUGUCAUGUACUAUUGAUCUUCUUGAUCUUUAUGUAAACAAAUUUUGAUGAGAUACCUGGCUUUGCUGAUUUCUGUAUAUCUGAGCUGUUGAAUGCCAAGCACUCCAGUUAUUGUACAGUACAA